AUGGCAACCUCCCUGAAGAUCAAUCAAAUUGUGAGGCUGAAACAGGUGAUGAAGAAGUGGAAGGCAAUGAGCAUGAAGCUCAGACAUGGACCCUCUCCAGAUGCCACUGACACUGAUACUGACAGUGAGAUCGACACCGAUAGGGGGGCUUCUGCGCCUCGCACUCCCUCUGGCUUCCUUGCCGUCUACGUUGCAUCCGAGAGGGAGAGGUUCUUGGUCCCCACUAGGUAUGUGAAUCUUCCAGUGUUUGUGACCCUUUUGAAGAGAGCUGAGGAGGAGCAUGGAUUCAAGUUCAGUGGAGGGAUAGUGGUGCCUUGUGAAGUAGGGUUCUUCAGGAAAGUGCUGGAGUUCCUUGAGAAAGAUGAGAAGAAGUUUGGGAGCUUGGAGCUGGAUGAGUUCUUGAAGAUGUUUUCCGAAGUGGGUUUUGAUUCUUCAUGUAAGACAAGUAGCUACGCCUACAACAUUAAUACUUGUCAUGACCAGUUCACACAUCUGAUGCACAAGGCCAGCUAG